AUUCCUGUUUUUUGCCAGCCAAUGAUCUCACCCACAGUUUUUCUUCAUACCUGAAGGAAAUCUGUCCUAAGUGGGCAAAACUCCGUAAAAACCACAAGGAGAAGAAGUCAGUGGUGAUGCUGGUUAUCUGCAGUUCUGCCCUUCGUUCCUUGGAACUCAUCAAGUCAAUGACAGCAUUUAAAGGAGACUGCAGAGUUCUCAAGUUGUUUGCAAAGCACAUAAAGAUAAAAGAACAGAUGAAUAUGUUGGAGAAAGGCGUGUUCCACAUCGGGGUUGGAACUCCUGGGAGAGUAAAAGCACUAGUGGAGCAAGAUGGCCUAUGCUUGAACUCCACAAAAUAUAUGAUUCUGGAUUGGAACUGGAGAGAUCAGAAACUAAGGAGAAUGAUGGAUAUCCCUGAGAUAAAGAAAGAAACAAUUGACCUACUGGAGAGGAGUAUUAUAAAGCUGUGCAGAGAGGGGUCUGUGAAGCUGGGACUGUUUUAAUGGUUUUACCAACAAGGAAAUCAUUUGCAGCUGAAUUUUACUAUUGUCAUGUCUGCUAUUGGCAAGUGAUUAACAGGUGAUGGAAUCAAGAAUUCUGACUUUUCAGAUGUCUAUCAAUACAGAAAGAAUGCACAUUACAACUUUUUCUGAGUUUCCUUUUCUUUUAAUAAUAAAAUAGAAGUUUUGUUUGU